GUAGUCUCAGCUUGCUUCGGAAACAGUUUUUUAUUUCAUCGUAUGAAUGUUUACUCCUACAUCCAACUACUCAAAUUGUGAGGUUUGAAAAGUCAAUUCGUUCUCGGUUACUUAGCAUGGGCAAUGCAGGCGUUGUGGGGUGUGGCUAACACCCACAUACCGCGAUAGGGCAGUAUUCGUAUGACUGUGAAAAGCUCACGGCACGCACAUGAUGAUGACAGUAUGGAAAUGAAGGAAGAAAACACUGUAGAAGCUGAAGGACCUAAAAAUAUGAGCGAACCAAUCAAAACCCCAAGAGAAUUCUGGGAAGAACUGGGUUCCUACUCGACGCUCCAUGGCGUCCAAUUUACCUUCGACAAAUCUUCCAAGCUUCGAAGAGCAUUGUGGAUACUUUUGAUUCUAGGAUCAGGAGCUUUCCUUGCUAAUCAAAUUUACGCCGGUUGGAAGAAAAUGAUUGCUUUUCAAGUGGUUUUGGAAUACAAGAACGAAUUUAGAGACGCACUCGAUUUCYCUGCCGUCAGCAUCUGCAACAAUAAUAUGAUGCGAAGAAGUCGAAUCAACGGUACAUUUGCUCAACGGUAUUUGGACCUACUCGACCCUCAAAAGAGCAGCAAGAGUCCCGAACUUCAAAGUGGUUUGAACUAUUCACUAAAUCUGAAGUCGGCUGCUUUUCAGUAUGGUCAUAACUUGUCUGAGAUGCUGCUUUACGGUCAGUGCAAAUGGCCUGGGAUACCUUGCAAAGCAUACAACUUCACAUCAUUCUAUGACUAUAGGUAUGGUCUGUGCUAUACGUUCAACUCUGGCAAAAAUAACAAAAAGAUUUUAAAAUCUACGAAAACUGGAAGCAGUUUCGGUUUGUCGAUGGUAAUAAACGCACAGCCCGAAGAAUAUUAUGGACCAUAUAGUCGAGAAGGGACUGGGUUCAGGGUCAUUAUUCAUGACCAGGAAGAACACCCGUCGAUGGAGAAAAAUUCCUGGCAAAUCUCGCCUGGUAGUAGUGUAGAAAUGAGGAUUAAACGUAGAGAGAUUUACAGCUUACCCGCUCCAUACCCCAAGUCCUGCAGGAAAGGAAAAGGUCAUUCACAAAGUGUCUGCUUACAAAAGUGCUUCACAGACAUCAUACUAAGAAGUUGCCACUGUCAGACUUUGGGGAUGCUACGUUCAGAACCUAUAGACUCUCCUUGGUGUACGCCUUGGCAGACAAGAAAUUGCCUUUAUGGCGCUUUUAACGCGGUAAACCUGAAAAGCUGUAACUGUACUGUCCAAUGUCAUCGAGUCAAGUACGACGUCCAGACAUCCUCUAUGUAUUUCCCGUCACAUACUUUCCGGGAAUCUAUUGUUCAGAAGAACAACUUGAGCUCAGAUCCUAAAGAUAUGGCUGGAUACCAAGACUGGUUCAGGCAACGUUACGUCAAGUUGAGCGUGUUUUAUGGAGAACUUGAAACAGAGAUAACUACAGAACAUCCAGCUUAUGAGUUGACAGAUUUAGCAAAUGAUCUUGGUGGCAGUAUGGGUCUGUUUCUUGGAUGCAGUGUGUUGACUGUUUUCGAGUUUAUAGACGUGUUGGUCUUGAUAUGCAUUGCUCACUGGAGAAGGAAGCGGCAGACAAGCAGUAGACUGCAAGAAAGCCAGAAGUGUUCGUAGGCACGAAGGAAAAGGAAUAGUUGAUCAUGAGAAGUUGCUUAAAGAUCAACUUGCAAUGAAGGGAGUCACUUGAGCAACUGAAUCCUCAGAACACGGAAUACUUCGUGUAAAUCAUAUAUAAGCAACAUGCUAUUUGACUGGGAUUUUUGUACCAAAAGCUUUUAAAAAGAUUAACUUUUAACAAUCAUUAUAGAACCCAAGGCCUUAAAAUGACAAGUAUGAUUAAUAUAUUGAUCAAAAAGCAGACUUAUAACAGCC